GGGUAUUAUGGCUACUCUUCAAGAAGCAAUACAAAGGUUAGAACAUGUGGAAAGAUUAUUAAAGGAUCCUAGUUCUUUUUCCCAAGAGGAAAUCAAGGAACAACCAAGCGAUACAUCUCUUAUUAAGACCUUAAAAAAGAAAAUCCAAGGAGAAAAAGAUAUUAAAUCGGUUGAAGCAGAAAGGGAUAGUCGACCAAAUAUAACCUUAACUCAAUGA